AUGCCGCAAAAUGAUUAUAUGGACCUGCAUAGGAAGCGGCAUGGAAGGCGGCUCGAUUAUGAGGAGCGGCAGUACGUUCAUGUUUACUUUUUCGCUUUCUGGAGAAAGAAAGAAGCAAGAGCUGGUCAUGCUCGAUCGCAAAUGGCAAAGAAGCUACGUGGUCAGAAGGCUAAACUUUAUCAUAAGAAGAGAUAUUCUGAAAAG